AUGGAUAAAAAACAGGAAAAGAAAAAAAAACGGAAAAAGGACAAGGAGGAGAAGGAAAAAGCGCCCAGUUACUUUUCGGACACUAUCACGUUCUGCGGCACAAUCGUCCGGGACUCCAUGGCCAGCGCAGCGGAGGCGAUACAGAGCAACUAUUACCCCAUUAAGGAGUCUAUUCUGAAUAUGUACGACAGCUACUUUUGCGAUAAUUCUCAACACAGCAGUAGGAGGGUGAAUGGAGGGGUCCCCUUCUUCACUGUGAAUCAGGACAGUUCGAAGAAGAAGUAG